CCUGUCCGUGCCUGCCUGCCUGCCUGCCUGCGUCUGCUAAAAGUACCAUACUGGCACAAACCGCGAGCGCCACGUAUUAUUACUUUCUAUUUUUCUUUCCCUAUAGUAGAAAAAUAGGGUUGGAAUGAGUAGACAGGGACGUGACGUCAACUCCGCAACCAACAUCCGGCACGCGCUGGUGGAGAUGCUGCUGGGGCACAAGCGAACUGCAUCGCUGCAGACUGGCGGCGGCAGUGGCGGCGGCGGCGGCGGCAGCAGCAGCGGGGGCGCGUGCGCGCAUCUGGUAGCGGAGGGGGCAGGAAAGGCCACGUGGAGGAGGAGAGCACAGCGCCGCCCAAGAAGCGGCGCAAGCGCGCAGGCUGACGAGCCGGCUGGUGCCUAGGUAGCGGCGGUCCGCGGUGGGGCUGGCAGGGCAUGCGUAGAGGCAUGGCAAGUAGUGCGGCUGUUGACAACUGUGCUGCGUCUGGCUGCGGUUGGCUCUGCUGUGGCAUCGCGAUUGCUAGAUUGGCACCUGGUUUGGCUAUGUGCCUGUGGAAACCGACCCCGGCUAUGUCCGGGCGAUGAGGUUGUUCGGCCUCAGACUGUAGAGGGGCUCAGCCCCUUUUUCCGUGCCCCUGUUCCCUUGCCCCUUUUCCCACACUUGUUCAAGCAGCUUAUCGUUUACGAACAUAACACAGUGAACGCCUCAAACUCAUUCUGACCUGUUUGACUUGACUUGCAGAGGGGCUUUGUACUUUGUAGACUAUUAGCGGCUUUCACUGUCGUUGUUAAAACAUGCUCUAUGAAAUGGCCAAUACACUUUUGACAAUGCUGCCACACACGGAUACACCUGAUGCGGCUGGCGUUGGUGCCAGUGCGGCGGGCCAGCAUCAAACAAGAGUGCAGAGGGCCGGCGGGACGGGGAUCAGAAAGACAUAGGGCCUCCACACACACCGUGAGAAGGUGGUGCCUUGUCCCGGAUGCCACAAGUGACACUAGCACGAGGCGGUUGCUCUUCUGAGUGCGUGAUUGCUAAAGGAUUGGGUGAGCCAUUGCGGGAUAUGGAUGCGGAUUACAAUUGAAGGGACAGCCCGACAAGCGGGGGCACGCCGUACCCACGCCGCGGAUAUGGGGUGUAGCGCGCCGGGAUAUGAGGUGUAGCGCGCCGGUCUGACUGGGGGCGCGGUACACAAUUGAGCACUUUAGGAGAAACAUCAACAGGCUGCCGCCUUUGGCCCUUACCAUGAGCAGGUGGUGCCUUGUCCCGGAUGACACUAGCACGAGGCGAUUGCUCUUCUGGGCGAUUGCUAAAUUGGGUAAGCCAUUGCGAGGGAUGGGGUGUAGCGCGCCGGUCUGACCGAGGGCGGUACGCACAUGAGCAAUCUACGAGAAACAUCAAGAGGCGCACUGCGCGUGGGCCUGCGUGGGCACUGCGGCAGCGUUCCUAUUGCGGGCUAAAGCGGGUCGCAACAGCCAAUGUACUAUAAACAUAGUUACUUGUGACCUGGGUGAAGUGCGGGUACUUCCGGGCAAUUCCGGGGGGGGGGGUAUGAAUGCGGAUGUUACAUGGGGACAGUCUGGGGGGGGGGGGGGGUAUGGGGCGAUAGGGAGAGGGUCGUG